AUGAAGUUCGAGAACAUUCUAGCCAAUAUAAAUGGAUUUGGAAGAUUUCAGAUAAUGAUCAUUGUGAUUAGCUUCAUCGGCCGCUUCACAAUGCCCUGCCACUUCAUGCUAAACAACUUCAUAGCUGCUGUUCCCGUUCACCACUGCGACAUCAGCCCUCUGGAUGACGGAGGUAUUUUUAGAAAUUUAUCCCAGGCAGAGAGGCUUGCUGUUCUUAUUCCACUCCAGGCGGAUGGGACUCCAAACUCCUGCCAGAUGUUUGCAGAUCCUCAAUAUCAUCUGCUGCUCAACUCUUCUGACAUGACUGAACUACCCACAGUGCCAUGUCAGAAUGGAUGGGUGUACGAUAACAGCACCUUCAAGUCUACUCUGACCUCACAGUGGGACCUGGUGUGUGAUAGAAGAGGGAAAAACAAAGCAACUGCUACCAUCUUCUUUGUUGGAGUGAUGUUUGGAGCCUUGUCCUUUGGAAGUCUGAGUGACAGGUUUGGCCGAAGGAUCAUGCUGCUGGUGUCAUAUGUGUCUGGAAUGUUCUUUGCUGUUACAAGUGCUUUUUCUACAUCCUACGUGAUGUUCUGCGUGCUGAGGUUCUUCACUGGGUUUUGCAUUACCGGCAUCGUCAUUGUCUCAACAGUCCUCACUGUGGAGUGGGUGGACAUUGAGCACAGGAAAUUGGUUGGAGUGCUCGACAGCUUAUCCUGGACAUUUGGGAACACAAUAUUUCCAGCUAUUGCUUACUUUGUGACUGACUGGCGGUGGCUAAUUGUCAGUGUCAGCUCACCUUUAACCUUGGCCAUCAUCACUUGGAGGUGGAUGCCAGAGUCGGCAAGGUGGCUCAUUGCCAAUGGAAAGCUGGAGCAAGCUCAGAAGUAUUUGAAAAUGUGUGCCAAGAUGAACCGAACAGAGGAGUUCAUUCACACGCUUAAAACAGAGACGCUGUCCACAAUUGUUGUGACUGAGAAAAGAGAUCGGCCCUAUUCCUACCUCGAUCUGAUAAGAACAGCCAAAAUGAGGAAACUGGCCCUAUGCACUGGUAUAGUGUGGUUUUGUGUGGCAACUGCGUUUUAUGGCAUCAGCUUCAACAUCACAGGCUUUGGGCUCAACAUAUACCUCACUCAGUUUACCUAUGCUUUAAUUGAGCUCCCAGCCAAAGGAUCAGUUUACUACUUACUGGAUAAGAUAGGCAGGCGAAGAACUCUGGUGGGAGCUCUGCUGGUGGCCGGAGUCUGUCUUGGAAUCAACAUUGUAAUACCUAAAGAUAUGUCUGUUGUCAGAACAGUGGUGGCUGUCAUUGGAAAAGGGUUCUCCUCUGCAUCAUUUGCAACUAUUGUGCUCUACAGUUCUGAGCUCUAUCCCACUGUAGUAAGGCAGAAUGGUAUGGGUUACAACUCUUUCAUGGCUCGAACUGGUGUAGCUGUGGCUCCUUUGAUUCUCUUACUGGAUGAAUUAUGGAAGGACCUGCCCCAGGUCGUCCUGUGUUCUGUGGCCGUACUGGGGGGAGUAGUGGCAAGAACACUGUCAGAGACACGCAACAGGUGCCUGCCAGAGACCAUAGAGGAUAUUGAACAACAGUGGUAG